UAUUCUUCCUCUUCUUCUUCUUCUAUUAUUAUUUUAUAAGUAGUUUUCUUUCCCUAUAAAUUCAACGUGUUUGUGUUUCUUGUUCCUUAUUUAAUUUUAGCGUAUGCACCACUCUCAAGGUGUCUCCUUCUUAAGCUUUUGUUACUAUUUUUUUAAGGAAGUUGUGAGUGGUUGGAACUUGGAAGCCUCUACUAGAUCCGCUGGAGUUGGAGGGGUGGAGCAAAAUCUAGGGUUUCACUUGCUGUUGUGCUUUUACGUAUCCCGUGAGAGCUUUAAAUUGUUUUUUGGGUACUUGCGUAGGUUUUACGGGUUGGGGUGAGUUAUGUGAGUGGGUGCUUCAUCUCCAAUCUUACCGACACAUAGAUUGGGAGGGUGUUGCACUGUUCGGUUUUGGUGGUUGGAAUAAUAUUCAUUCACUUGUGAAAGGGCUUCUUGGGUGAUCGUUAAGGCUUUGUUUGGGAGUGGUGGCAUUAAGAGGUUGGAAUGAGCAGCUUAAGGCCCGAAUUGCAUGUUGCACAACAACUUCGGCGCGACAAAUUGAGGAUCCAAAACAGUUCCCAACAACACUUGCAAGAGUUCUCCAACAACAACCUUGAACACUUGUCGUUACACCCAGGGUUCAACUUGGAUCUCCUUCAAGUAAGAAACGUUCGAAAUGGCAACAUGCUUGACGAAGCUGCAGCAGCACUUUAUUCAUCAGAAAUGAUCACUUUUUCGAACCCUUUAUCUGCUCCUAGAAACCCUUUGGAGUGUCAAGAGCUUAUGAUGGCUCAGUAUGGUUCAACUUCGUUUCCUCAUUCAUCAUCCACAAAGGAGCAACAAUGUGAACCACGCAACUUAGGUGCUAGUGGGAUGGUGAAUUAUAACGGAAGCAACCCCAACAACAACAACAGCACCUUUUACUCUUCUGAACUCAAUAACAAUGUUUCUAGUGAAAUGGGCAAUAGCGAAAUCCAAAUUCAGAAGCAGUUUGGUGAAAUACAUUACCCUCCUUCGUCAUCUUCUUCGCCACCACUUUACCAUAAUGCUUUGCAGGACAUGGCUUAUGGCGUUUGGGGAGGGAAUAAUAAUAAUCAUGGUGAAUCUGUGCUUCAUUAUGGAAACAACGAGUUACGCUUUGGUGGUGCUAGUUUAUGGACACAUAAUAAUAGUGCAUUGGGUUUCAAGAAGAUCAAUAAUGAACAGUUACAUGACACGAAUCAUCCUCAUCAGGGUCUAUCAUUGUCACUCUCAUCAAACUCACAACAACAAUCAUCCAAGCCGUGUUUUGAAGAAAGGUCUGUUGUGAAACCACCGUCCUCCCCCAUGAAGCUGAAUGUGCUUUCAAACAACAACAACAACACUGUUUAUCGAAAUGUUGGUCCUCUCGGUCCUUUCACUGGUUAUGCCACGAUUUUGAAGAGUUCAAGGUUCUUGAGGCCGUGCCAACAACUGUUAGAUGAGUGGUGCUGUCAAUCGGGUUCAAAAUUUGCAAAGAGAGGGGUUUGUGAUGUUCCAGAGUGGGUCUCUCGAGAUGUCAGUGCUGCUUCUACUUCUGCUACUGCUCUUAAUGUUGAUGAAAGUGCUGCUGCAAAAGGUGGUGGCAAUUCGGGUGCUUCAUCCUCUAUGUUGUAUAGUUCAAUCGAAAACAAUAAUAAUAAUAAUAGUAAUAAUAAUAAUAAUAGCGCUGAUGGCGGAGCCGCGAGUAGCUUUUGUCUUUCUUCUCGGCCAGAGUGCCAAAAGAACAAGGCAAAACUACUGUACAUGCAAGAGGAGGUUACUAGGAGAUACAAGCAAUACCAUCAACAAAUGCAGAUGGUUGUUCAAUCAUUCGAGUCAGUGGUGGGUCUUAGUUCGGCUACCCCGUACGUCUCCUUGGCUCUCAAGUCAAUAUCAAAACACUUCAGGUGCCUAAAAAAUGCAAUCUCAGAUCAACUGAAGCUUACAUGUGAAGUCUUGGGAGAGGACUAUUCAAUACCAACCACAAGUACUGGUAGUAAAUUUGACAACAAUGUGGCCAGGCUAAGGUGCAUGGACCAAAACUUUCAAAAAAACAAAUCUGGCGGGGCUAACAUAAACUUUCUUGAGCCCCAACAACACGUAUGGAGGCCCCAGAGGGGCUUACCAGAACGCUCCGUGGCAAUUCUUAAAGCUUGGUUAUUUGAGCAUUUUCUUCAUCCUUACCCCACGGACACUGAUAAACACAUGUUGGCUACCCAAACGGGUCUAUCACGAAACCAGGUAUCAAAUUGGUUCAUAAAUGCUCGAGUCCGCGUGUGGAAGCCAAUGGUUGAGGAAAUACACAUGCUUGAAACAAAAGGCGCAACAGAAGCCCACCAACACCAAACCUCUAGUAAAAAUGACCAGUUAGCUUCUGCCUCUGAAGGCAGCAACAACCAGCUCAAAUCUGAUAACCAACCUGCUCACGAGUUUGGCGCGCAUGCAUUGCAUUCACAUGCAAUCCCUGAAAAGCAAUUCCAGUGUUUGGAAAUGGGGUCAUCUUCCUUGGCUGGCAACGAGGAACAACACAUGGGAAUGGAAGAAGACCAAUGGAGUCAAGAGAAGAGGUCAAAACUGGAGUGCCAGAUUGCUUCAACACCAAGCAUGGAUGGGACAGUGAUGGGGUUUAUGCCAUAUCGAAGAAGUGGACUUGAGGGUCUUGGAUCAGUGUCACUCACUUUGGGUCUUAGGCAUGGUGUUGAAGGUGUGCAACAACAGCAUUUGCAACAAGAGGAGGAGCUUAGGCGUCAAUUUGGAGGGCAUAUGAUCCAUGAUUUUGUGGGCUAGUUAAGAUAUAUUUUGUCAUGUGGGAAGGAAUAAUAACGUGUCAGGGAAAAAUAUUUGGACCCUUUUGCAGCUGAAUCACGUACUCUAGUGAAUGUGGCAAAAAAAAAGUGUUGUUUACAUUUGCUUGAGAAGGAAAAAGGGAGAGGUGGGGGAGACUGUGUAAGCUGUGUUUACCUUCCAAUUUUGCUGUUGUGCCAGAGAAAUUCUGAACUUAAAUUGGGUGGGUAUUGGGUAACCAACCUUGCAACAUUGGCAGAUAAUUAACAAUAGGGUAUUUGGAAGGAGUGGCCGAUGUGUUAUAAAAUUUGCAAAGAUGGGGGGUUAAAGGCAAGGGCAACUUUUAAGGUUAA